CAUUGGUAUUAGUAUGGAGAAGUACACCCGAAUCAAGAAAAUUGGAGAGGGUUCUUUUGGCACAGCCUAUCUUGUCAGGGCUAAUGAUGAUGGCAAUUUAUAUGUUAUCAAGGAAAUCAAUAUGUGCAAGAUGACUCCCAAGGAGAGAGAGGAAGCCAGGAAGGAGGUCGCCGUCCUGUCUCGCAUGAAGCACCCUAACAUUGUGUCAUACAGAGAAUCAUUUGAGGAAUCAGGACAGCUUUAUAUUGUGAUGGACUACUGUGAUGGGGGAGACCUUUACUCUAAGAUAAAUCUUCAGCAUGGAAUACUUUUUACAGAGGAUCAGAUAUUGGACUGGUUUGCACAGAUCUGUUUAGCCAUCAAGCAUGUACAUGACAGAAAAAUAUUACAUAGAGAUUUGAAGUCGCAGAACAUAUUUUUAAAUAAGAGUGUCAUCGUACAGCUGGGUGACUUUGGCAUCGCACGAGUGCUGAACAGCACGACAGAUUUUGCGAAGACCUGUAUAGGGACACCGUACUACCUUUCACCGGAGAUCUGUGAGAACAGACCUUAUAACCACAAGAGUGAUAUCUGGUCACUGGGCUGUGUCCUGUACGAGCUGGCCACCCUCAGACAUGCCUUUGAAGCGGGGAACAUGAAGAAUCUAGUGUUGAAGAUCGUGCGUGGCUCAUACCCGCCCGUGUCGAACCGCUAUACGUACGAUCUGCGUAUGCUCAUCGCUCAGCUCUUCAAGAGAAACCCCAGGGAUCGUCCAUCCAUAAAUGCCAUCCUGAAGAAACAAUUUGUCUUCAAAAGAGUUAUCAAGUUUCUGAGCCACGAGCAACUGGAAGCUGAAUUCAGUGGAGUCACCUUACCUGCAUCACGGAUGGAUAGACCACUGGCACUGAAGCCUCCAAAAGCGGCGAGAGUUUCGUCUGCCAGGUCGUCCUCGUCACAAAUCAGUGAUCCCGCAAUGAAGUAUGGCGUUUCCAUAGCAACGAAGAAGUCUCGCAAUCCGAGAGGUUCCAUUGGCGAAAGGAGAAAAGUGGAAGAGCAGAAGAUGAAGGAGAUGGAUCUCGUUAAUAGGAGACAGGAGAUGAUUAAUAAAGAGCAGCAGAGGCGAGUGAAAUCAAAGAUGCAGAUGGCGCCAAUGCAGAGAGCGAGAGAUGAAGGUUGGAGGGUUAUUCUGCAGCCGACGCCAUUGCAGCCAUCGCCAACGCCCUCCGGUGGCAAUGUGGAGUGUGACGAGGGAGCACAGGGGAAUUACCAGCAAUACCAUUCCUACCUGAGUGAGCUACAGGCGAACGUAGGCAGGAGAGCGCAGGGUCAUGCUGGGCCGGCGAGGUCCGCAGCGAGAGAGCCGCAGCCUGUCAUCCCGACGAUGACGGGGGGUAGAGCAGCAGAGAGAGCCCAGCUUGUAGAGGACUUCCUCAGCCGCAAGAGGCAGGCCGCCGCCAACAAGGCGCGCCACGCCCUCGAACAGGGCCGGGCGCCGCCAUCAGGUGGCGCCGCCGCGUGGCCCGUCCGCGACCCUGCCGCAGGGUGCGUGGCCGAGGUGGGAGUUGGCUUUCACCAGGCAGUGAGGAAUCGGCAGGAGGAGGUGGGUACAGAAAGCCAUUAUGUAGUACCAGCAGACAGACUAUAG